AUGUCCAAACCAACAACUCGUGUCGCCGUUGCCCAGUAUGAGCCUGAAUGGCUUGACCUUCGCAAGUCAGUGGACAAGACAUGCAAGAUCAUCGAGGAAGCAGCUUCCGGUGGAGCAGAGCUCGUCACGUUUGCUGAGGCAUUCAUCCCUGGCUAUCCGGCCUGGAUCUGGACACGCCCAUUGGAUCCUAUACUUUCUACGAGAUACAUACAGAGCUCACUGGCUGUAGACUCCGACGAAAUGAGAGAGAUACAAGAAUGUGCUGCUCGCAACAAGAUUGUCGUAUCACUUGGAUUUUCUGAGAACGACAACAACUCUGUGUACAUUGCACAAGCACUCAUCGACGCCGACGGCAAGAUGCUGAUGCAUCGUCGAAAGCUCAAGGCUACGCAUAUGGAGCGAACGAUCUUUGGCGACGCAUCAGGAGACAGUUUGUCGAAUGUUGCUACAACGAGUAUUGGCAAGAGAGUCGGUACUCUUGCUUGUUGGGAACAUGCUCAGCCGUUGUUGAAGUAUAACACCAUCUCUCAGAAGGAGGAGAUUCAUUGUGCUGCUUGGCCUCCGAUUGUCCCUCAUGACAACGGCCCCGGGCUUUGGUCCAUGUCUAAAGAAGGAUGUCAAAGUCUUUCUCAAGUCUAUGCCAUCGAGUCUCAAACGUUCGUGCUGCACGCCACGACGGUAAUCUCAGAAAAAGGCGUCAAAAUCAUGUCGACCGAAGCCGGCCUCCUCAUGAACAGUCCAGGCGGAGGCAACUCUGCCGUCUUCGGACCCGAUGGCAGAUUGCUGACUGAACCCUUGGACUCGGCGACAGAGGGUCUUGUUUUCGCUGAUCUUGACCAUGCUGCAGCUAUCUUUGCGAAGAGUUUCUUGGAUAUUUGUGGACAUUACAGUAGACCGGACCUGUUGUGGCUUGGUUGUGAUACGAGAAAAAAGCUGCCUAGGAUUGUGGAUUCGAGCAUCUGA